AUGCAAAGGUUCAACUUCAGCGUGCAGUUGGUCUUGCUCCAUGGUGGACACUUGCAGAACCUGGACACAUUCAACCAGAUCUUGGACAUGAAGAAAUACUCGCCAAGCCGAGCGAUUUGGGGCACUCGCUACUUCUUCUGCGCCGUGAUCUCCAAGGAGCUGCUGUUGAAUGGUGCCUAUGAGCUGCCGUACAACAUGCCACCAGGGUUGGCAUCCACACGAGGCCAUCCUGGUCUGACCAUCAGUUUGACGGGGUUGGGAGGUGGCCUGGAGAAUCAGCCACAGACGGUGCAGUAUGAUGGUGAUCUCGCUCUUGCAGAGCUGGACAAAGGUGGACAGGCUUUCUGGCAGUCGCAGGGAUUCGACACAGUUGCUUUGCCCUGGCUCCCCUUCUUUUCCAACUGCGAGGGGUUCGACUCCUACAUCACUCUCUGGGAUCUCUUUGAGUCACCCGGGGACCAAGUUCGCGACGGCUGCGAUCUCUACACUGCUGCAGAGGUGGAGAUUGUGCAGCCCCUUAUUAUCAACUUCGACACCUUGCAGGAAUCCUGGGCCCCCGUGGCGGACAACUGCAACUUCAUCACGAAGUGCAACUUUGAAGAGCGACUGCCAGAAGGACACCCCGCCACUCUCUGGUGGGCGCUGGACGAGGAAGUGGACCUCUUCUACAUCACCACGUUCCCGAUCCUUUUCGAAGAACUCCAAGAAAAGAACGAGUUCGGCGAGCCCAUUGGCGGAUUGGAUCCAGAUGUGGCGGAUGCUUUCUUCUCCAGCAUGGAAGGCACAGAGGCGCUCACAGCUGUUAGCUUCGAGACUGCAGACAGGAGCCUGGACCACAUCGGCACGGGGAAGGGGGGAGAUCUGCAUGUAGAUGUGGCGAUCCAGGACAAUGCUAAGCCUGCACCACACGCUUCCGAUCCAUCCAACUUGUGA